UUUUUGUUUUCACUUUCACUAGUGAUAAAACGAUCGUGUUAUCUGAAUUUUUUCAUUCUUUGGCGUGUAAUUGUCAAUUUUUUUCUAAUUUUACACGAAAUUAUGCCUUUCCGAAGUUCUCGAAACGUUUUUCAAUACUUUUUAUAGCUCUUCUGUGAUAAUAUGUAAACAUCUGCGACAUCCGAAGAAGAACCGAAAUGCCGAACUGUGCGAUCUUUGGAUGCAAGACUUCGUCGAGCAACGCUAAAGAACGACGAUUGAAAUUAUUCAGUUUUCCUAAACAUAUAGAAACUCGUCUAAAAUGGAUUUCAGCGUGUAAAAAACCUUAUAAAUUUAAUGAGAAUAAUGCUCGAAUAUGUUCAAAGCAUUUCCCCGAAGAAGCGUUCGAGAAACCGCUAAUUCAAAGGAUGUUGAAUUAUUCGCCGACUAAUUCUCGUAAACUCAAGUUGGAUGCAUUUCCUACUAAGUAUUUACCUCCUUUCGCCGAAAGUGAAGUCAAAAUCGAAAUAUUAUGCAACGAAAUCGAAAACAUCCCGAUGGAUGAAGCAGAAACAACGACGACGGAAACCGACCCAUUGGAAUUGGACGCCACCACUAACGCCAACGACGACGGUACCAAAAAUGACUCAACAUCGGCUCUCGAACGACCAUCAUCAUCAUCGGACGACGAUUCUAAGAAAAUCAGCAAAGAUGCUCGUAUCGCCUACGAAACGUUGAUGUCAACGUAUCAGAAAUUCUUCACCGAAAACGAAGAACUCAAGAUAAAGAAUAAAGCUUUGAAAAUCGAAUGCGAUAAACAUAAAAAAUUAUACGAGAAACGAUUGCAAGAAAACAUUAAACUUAGACAACGGAAUAGAGCUUUAUUCAACGAAACCAGCAAGUUGAAGAAUAGAUUGAAGAAAUACGAACAAAAUUCCGGAUCUGAGCCUGUUACCGAUGUGAUGCCCUGUGCUACUGUUUUAGCUACUGUGUGUCGCGAAGUCAAAUCUGAAAAAGCUGACGUCAAAUAUGCUAAAAAGAAGUGAAUCUGGUCUCUUCUUCGAUGAAGAGAGAUAACUAUACUGUGUGUGAAUGUGAAAUGAUGCUGGACAGUCUGUGGUUGAUGUAGAGAAUCAUCGUUUUAUGUAUUUUUAUUGCGUAAUGUGUAUUAUUAAUUCAAGUUCCAUGUCAUAUGUUUCAUUAUUGUCAAGUUUGUUAUAUUUAUAACGCGUGAUUUUUUUUAAAAUGAAGAUUUUUAUUUAUU